AAUUGGCUGCUGUUGCUGUCCCUCUCAAGUGCCAGUCAUUGGAGAUGACUUUGUGAUUAUUGGGACAAAAAAGGGCUUCCGCCAAGAUUAUAUCUUUGGAAAGGAGAUAGCUGGACAGUAGCUGAUGAUGUCUGGUACACGGCCUCAGGCCUUAACUGCGAUACUUAGACCGGAACCACAACCCAGCUCGCUGUUCCUGACAAGACUCGUUCCUGAAAUCCGUUCUAUGAUCUAUGGAUAUAUUGUUGGAGAAGGGAAUUUGCAUAUUUUUGUCUACGAGCAAAAUCUAGUCACCCUACGGUGCCUGAAUCCCGCAUCACUGGGUUUAACUGGCCACGAAACGUGCAUUGGCAUGCCGAAUACCGACUCUCCGCCGGGGAUCAACUGGAAAUACAAGGAGGUACAGGAGCGCACGGCUUCCGAAGAAAAGCGUCAUGUUGGUGCGUUGUUGACAGUCUGUCGCACCAUAUACUUAGAGUCCGUUGAUACCCUGUACCGAACGCACAUUCUUCACUUUAACAACAUGAUUUCAAUCACGACAUUUCCUCGCGCCAUGAUCCCCCGGCAUCUCGAAGCACUGCAUCAUGUCAGGUUGUUUCUAGCUCUCCACGGUCGUGGGAAGCAUAUGAGUGCAUAUUUUCAUAAUUCGUUCAGUCGAAAUUGGCCAGGCUGGGAUGCAGCCAGUGCCCCUGGCGAUACUCCAUGGGCAUCUGUAUGGGCCGCCAUGGCUGAGCUAAAGUCUCUACACACUUUAGUUGUUACUCUUGAGCUGAAACCCUCGCCCUCCCAUCGCGUGGUUAAAGAUCCUGAUAGAUGUCGGGAAGUAACUAUAGAAGAUGAGACACUGCUUCUUGAUCCCACCAAAGAAGUCACUUGCAAUGACUUUUUACUGAGGGUCAACUGGCCGUCGACGGGAAACUGUCUGAAGAAAUACCCGUUUCGUAUAGAACGUUACACUCAGGAUACAAAGACGUAGAGCUAUUGUUCACAAAUGCUACAUCAUAGCAAUGAUCUUGUAACG